UCCACAAGAAUGGAGGAAACAGAACUCUGUUUCCCACAAUACUUCAACACCUCCUGCAGGAGGCCCAAACUGCUACAGUAUGAAACAAUGUCAAUCUACAUUCUGCUGUCCUCCAUCUCUCUACUCACCUCAUCGCUUAAUCUGGUGGUCAUCAUCUCCAUUGCACAUUUCAGGCAGCUUCACACUCCCACCAAUCUCCUCCUCCUCUCUCUGGCUGUCUCCGAUUUCCUUGUUGGUCUCCUCAUGUUCUUUCAAAUUGUUCUCAUAAAUGGGUGCUGGUUCCUCGGUGACAUUACUUGUGUUAUUUAUCAGUAUCUGGCCUAUAUUAUUACCACGGCCUCAAUAGGAACCAUGGUGAUGAUUUCUGUUGACCGUUAUGUAGCUAUUUGUUUCCCUCUUCAUUACACCACUAAAAUAACACAGAAAAAAGUCAAGAUCAGUGUAUCCCUGUGUUGGACAUGGUCUACACUCUUUCAGAGCUUAAAUCUGAUGGAGAACUUCAAACAACCUGGCAUGUAUAACUCCUGCUUUGGAGAAUGUGUAAUUGUCAUCAAUUACAUUGGUGGUAUGGUAGAUCUUAUCUUGUCCUUUAUCGUCCCUAUUACUAUAAUAGUAGUUUUGUAUCUGCAAAUUUUUGUGGUGGCUAUUUCUCAGAUUCGAGCCAUACACUCUCACAGAGCAGGAGUAACCCACCAGCGGUCUGAAACUGUUAAGAAAUCUGAGCUGAAAGUAGCCAGGUCCCUUGGGGUUGUAGUUGUGGUGUUUCUGAUAUGUCUCCUACCAUAUUUCUGUGUCACACUUUCAGGUCAAGACACUUUACUCAAUGCCUCAUCUGCUGCCUUUGUUAUAUGUUUGUUCUACUUUAACUCAUGUCUAAAUCCUAUAGUUUAUGCUUUUUUUUACUCCUGGUUUAGAAAAUCAAUUAGGCUCAUUGUUACUCUUCAGAUUUUGCAACGUGAUUCCUGUGACAUGAACCUGCUGUAAAAAAUCCUGCACCAAGGCUUUCUGAUGAACAGAAAUCAGACCUUCUUUCUUGAACGGUAAAAAAACUCUGAUGUCAGGCACUUCUCUUAUCUUCCAUGCGGCCAAUUACUUUGCUUUUUAAAGUACACACUCAUACACUAUUAUAUAUGCUCUCAAAUUAAGGCAAAGGAAUUAGACAUAAGAUGACCAGGUGAGUAAAGAAAAAAACAAAAGGGUGGUUUAUAGUAACUGCUUACAGUAUAUUUCAUCAUGUACAUAGUUUAUAGGAUUAAGCUGCAUUUAUGAAACAAACUGAAUCAAAUGUUCCACUCUUUUUAAAUGAAGAUUCUAAUCUGGCACCACACUAUCUUUGUUUAGCAGAGACACCUAAAGACAUUUGUGUGAGCUUUCAGGAGAUCCAUCAUAGAUUAAAUAUGAUCACGUAUUUUGUACUAGUUUACUGUUACUCAUUGUUUCUACCAAUAUGACAAGAUGUCACAUGGUGUGUUUCUUACUGUUUAGCUUGUUAAAAUGUUCUAAAAAGGUUGUGUAUGAUGGCCAUAAAUAUUAGCAGAGACUCAUUUUUAUGUGUAAAUGGCUUGUACUUGUAUAGCGCUUUAACUAGUCUUGA